CUUGCCUGAACUUUCAUGCUCCUAACGCUCCUAACAGUCCUAACAUUAAUUGUUUUUUCUUCCCUUCUUGUUCCAAUAAUCGAUGACAGUGUGUGAUUCAUAUAAUAAAGAAGACAAUUAUAUAUAUGAAUGGUCAAAGUGCACGCAUGGAAAAAAAGAAAUUAACUGUAAUCUCUAAUGAGUUCUUACCAGAAUGUGUUCCAGCUGUCAGAAGAAUUAUUCGCGUUACACUUGAGCGAAUGAAAAAUUAGCAUUGAUCGAUGAGGAUUGUGACGUGGCUCAAGUGCAAAAACGAAACAGAAAUUGUCAUGUGAUUUUAAAAAAAUCUUUGAUUGAUAUAAACAUAAAGCGAAAAAAGAGUGAAAUACUGAAAUAAUAGAUUGAAAAAACAAGCGUUACAUAAUUUUUGAACAAACAAUAUUUAAGAUAUGCCAAAUUCAAUGGAUAAUAAUCAUAACCCUAAAGCACGACGGAGAAAUGUCAAUGAAGAGUUAAAACCAACAGCAGAUUGUCAACAACCGAGCAAUGAAAACAAAUCAGGGUCGGAAGUAUCCAGCGGUGGAAUUUCCAAUGGUAGAGUACCUCGUAUACCAUCUCUCGUUGAUCUGGAUUUCUCGACUAAAGAGACGGAAGAUAAUUUAUUUAGCGAAGCGGAUCAAUUGCUAUCGGACCAUGCGCUAACUGAAGAAACUCCAGAUUACGAGGCAAUAGAUAAAAUGGUUGCAAUAAAAAAAGUCCUACAAGAAGAGCCUUUAUUGAAUGAAUUGAGGCUGCUGAGCUGUGGCAAAAGAGGCCUAGUCAAUGAUGAUACCAGAAGGAAAGUGUGGCCGAGACUUUUGGGACUGGAUGAUGAGGAAGCUCUCAAAAAUGACCAAAUAUUGGAUAUUACGACUACCCGUGUGCCUGAUGAUGUUUAUCAGCAAAUAUUGAAAGAUGUUGCACGCAGCGGAGGUCAUCUUGCUGUAGGAGCUUCGGAAAAGGAAUUAGAGAAUUUUCAAAGUGAAAUGACUCAAUUAAUCUGCUGGGUACUCCAUCGACAUUCACGCUUGAAUUACUAUCAGGGUUACAACGACAUUGCCGCAACAGUUUUAUUAGUCAUGGGCCUUCAACGGAGUUUACAAAUUCUCGAGCGGAUAUCCCUCGAUUUUCUUGAACGAUUUAUGGAGAGGACAAUGGAAAAAGUCAACCAAGAACUGUUUUAUAUAUUUGCUCUCUUACAUCGCAUUCAUCCUAUGCUCCUUGUGCAUCUUGAAAAUGUGGAGUUAUUCCCUCACUUUGCGCUAGCCGAGUACACGACUUGGUACGCUCACAAAUAUGCUGAGAAUCGAAAACUUCUUCACAGACUUUUCGAUUUUUUUCUCGGGAGUCCACCGCUCAUGCCACUCUAUCUCAGUACAGUUAUCGUUGCUCAUCGAGACACGGAAAUUUUUAACACGACACCAGAUAUGGGGCAUACCCAUAAAGUACUGUGUACGCUGCCGGAUGACUUGCCGUUCGAGAAACUGCUCAUAGAUGCAAAGAAGCUCUAUGACGAGUAUCCUCCAGAAUCGAUAAUUAACGAUGUGCGUGAUUUCGACCAAAAACGCCGUUGCAAGGAACAGGAGUGGAAAGCUAAAGCUGAAGCUAGUAGAAAAGAACGAGAACGUCAGCGACAGUUGAAAGUUGCGAUACCAAGUCGUACGAUUAUUCCUUAUCCUCGCUUGCGGAGUUAUCGUACUAUAACCGUAGUCACAAUUUUGGCAAUUGGCAUAUACGCGUUUUUCAAAACAAACAAUGUGCUCAACUGACACUAACUUUAUACAGGGAAACCUCGAAGCUUGCCUCGUUUCAAAAUUCAAUUUUUUUCUAUGUCACUUUAUCGAGAAAAUAUGAAAAGAAAUGAAAAUAAUCGCGGUUUCCCUAUACAUGUAAAAACAAAGCAAAAAUACUGGAGAAAUUGCAAGAGCUCUUUAGCUGCAAUUUUUUAGAGGCAAGUGCGUUUUUUAAUUACUAUUAUUUCUUCUCUAUAACUGCAGAGAAUCUACUAGCAAUGAGGAAGCUGAUUUGUAUUUAUUUUUUAAAUAUUUUCUAUCAUUCCUGGUCACCUAUUUGCGCCGAUUUCCUACAUUAUUUAUUUUUAUUCUUUUUUCUCUGCUGACCAAAUCCUCGCAGAGACGCCUUUUUGCGUGAAAAUAAAAAUAUGUAGAUUGUUUAUAUAAAAAAUUAAUAAUGAAUCGUAUAUUAUAAAUUAUUUUGAAGCUUGCAUUGUUGAAAUGCUACAAAAAUCAUUUUUUUUUUUCGGUAAUCACAAUUUUCGAAGACAUCCUCUCAUUUGUAUUUGUCGACUCGAUUAAAAUACACGGAGAAAAAUAAAUUACUGGAUCCCCUAUCGAAUCUAUAAAUGACGUUAUCAACAAAAAAAAUGCCAUUUCGAUAAAAUUACAAAACAGAAGAAAUUGCAUUCCAACUGCAGAUUUCAUUACAACUAUCGACUGUGAAUAGGAUGGGAUACAUAAAACAGAAGUAAGCUGAUUUUCUUCUAUGACGAAAAGCUUCAAAAAUUAUUCAACGAUAUGAAAAGCGAAUGAGCGGGAUAUGAUGCUCGUGUGUGAAUAGUGUAGAAUGUGUAAUUGGUGUAUAGCAAUAUAUUGGAAAACAAAAAAAACAACAAUGUGGCAAAAGGAAAGUCUGGAACACACAGGAAUACGCGACACGCAAUAUAAAUAAUACCUACAAAUAUGAAAUAUCUACAAAAUACAUUUUAUGGUACAGCCGAAUGAAUCGAUCGAUCAAUAAAAAAAUAUAUUGAUUUUUAAA